AUGCGAAGAUCAUCCGUCUCGCUCCCGCACACCAAGAACGCGCGAGAUCCAUUCGAAAAGCCCGGUCGCUUUGCCCCUGCCCGAAAGCCUGGUCUUCUGGGUGCACUGAAAGCCGUCAUCAUGUCGCAGACGCAAAAGGCGAGAUGGAUCAAGACGGCCGCCGUAGUCUUCUUUAUCGUUUUGGGCUUCAUCUGGCUGUCCCCCAAGGGCGUUGACAUGUACAACAAUGGAGUCUCCCCCACCAAGUCCAAUGAUGGCCAGGUCCCUUCAGACAACUCCUAUGGCACCGAUCGAUGCACCAAGUCCAGCUCCAAGUCGAAGCCCAUCGUGCAAUACGUUCUCAUGAUCGACGCUGGAAGCACUGGCUCGCGUAUCCACGUGUACAAGUUCAACAACUGCGGCGCCGCCCCCGAGCUCGAGAAGGAGGAAUUCAAGAUGACUGAGAAGUCGGUUGGUGGUCUCAGCAAGUAUAAGGACGACCCCGAGGCAGCGGCCAAGACCCUCGAUGCCCUCAUGGACGUUGCCAUGAAGGAAGUCCCUGACAAGCUCAAGGGCUGCAGCCCGGUCGCCGUCAAGGCCACGGCUGGUCUGCGCAUGGUUGGUGCUGAGGCAGCUGACAAGAUCCUCAAGACUGUGCGGUCUCACCUCGAGACCAAGUACCCCUUCCCUGUCGUCUCGGAAGAGCAGAACGGCGUUGCCAUCAUGGAUGGCUCCGAUGAGGGCGUUUACGCCUGGAUCACGACCAACUACCUCCUCGGCAAGAUUGGCGGCCCUGACAAGAACCCCACUGCCGCCGUCUUCGACCUUGGCGGUGGCUCUACUCAGAUUGUCUUCGAACCGACGUUUAAGGGACCGGCUGGAGGCAUGCCCGAGAAGCUGUCGGAAGGUGACCACAAGUACAACCUCGACUUUGGUGGUCAGAAGUUUGAGCUGUACCAGCACUCUCACCUCGGCUAUGGUCUCAUGGCGGCUCGUGACGCUCUCCACACCGUCUUCCUUGAUGAGCUGCUGGCGUCCAAGAAAAACGACAAAUCUGUUCUCGAGGGACCUGUCGUCCACCCUUGCAUCGCUCCUGGAUUCGCCAAGGAGACCGAGGUCAAGCUGCCAGAGAACCAUCAGCUCGGCCAGAGCAUCAGCCUUAACUUCACCGGACCUACCAACGCCGCCCCUGCGCAAUGUCGCGCCCUGGCCGAACGCAUCUUGAAGAAGGAGGCCGACUGCAAGCUUGCUCCCUGCUCUUUUAACGGCAUUCAUCAGCCCUCUCUGGCCAAGACCUUCGGCCGCGAGGAUGUCUACAUCUUCUCCUUCUUCUACGACCGCACCAAGCCACUCGGCAUGCCCGACUCCUUCACCCUUCGCGAAAUGCAUGACCUGACCAACACCGUCUGUGGCGGUGAGGAGUCCUGGGACCUCUUCUCCACGAUCCCUGGAGCUCUGGAUGAGCUUCGCGACCGCCCCGAUCACUGUCUCGAUCUCAACUUCAUGAUGGCUCUUCUCCACACCGGCUACGAGAUGCCCAUCGAGCGCGAGGUCAAGAUUGCGAAGAAGAUCAAGGGCAACGAACUCGGCUGGUGCCUGGGAGCCAGUCUCCCUCUUCUCGCCCCCGGUUCCGGCUGGGAGUGCAAGGUCAAGCAGGUGCAGUAG